AGAAAAGGACAAAAAAAAAGGGGAAGGAGGGAGCAGCACCCCACCAUCUACAGGUUUUCAAAAUUUGAAAAACCCUCAGAUGCCAAAAAGUUUUCAUGUACGAGCGCCCUCUUCUCUCUUCCCCCCUCUCUCUGAGUCAGUCUCUCCCUGCUCACACAGAUCUCUCUCUGUAUCUUCCUCUCUUUCAAAUUCCCCCACUCAAAUCCCUACAGAAUGGAAUCUCUCCCGGAUGCAGUUGUUCAAUACAUCUUCUCAUUCAUGAACAAUGCAAGGGAUGUUGCUGUCUGUAAUUGCGUAUCGAAGCGAUGGAAGGACUCUUUGCCUUACAUCAAAAGCCUUUACUUCCCCAGGAACUCUUUUGACAACCAAUCUGGCAUCGACCAUCCUGAUACCAUUGUGUGGAAGAUGAUAUCAUCAGUUGUUAAAUUAGAAGAGCUUGUUGUAUACAGCCCCUUCUCGAGCAUAGGCCUUGCCUCAUGGAUGCUGCUUGUGGGGUCAUCGCUCAAACAUCUUGAGCUUAGAAUGGACAAUCUUGCUGAAUACCAGAACUGUAUUGAGAGCCCGUCGAAACUGGAAUGCAUCAGCACCGCAAAGAAUUUGGAGUCUUUAAAGCUUUGGGGUGUCCUGAUGGUAAAAUCUCCCAAGUGGGAUGCCUUUCCAAAACUUCAAAGCCUUGAGAUUGUCGGUGCUAAAUUGGAAGAUCAUGCGUUAACUGCUGCCCUUCGGGCAUGCCCGAAUUUGAAAAACUUGUUGCUACUCGGGUGUGAAGGGGUUAGGUCAGUUUUGAUCGAGUUGCCUAGCUUGGAGCAAUGCAAGCUGGACUUUUAUGGUGUGGGUAAUUAUUCACUAACCUUGACUUCACCUAAAAUUGAAUUCCUCGAGGUUCAAGGCUGUAGUUGGAUCAGUGUUCGUGAGACUGCUUGCCUGAGGAGUCUUUCAAUUUCAAAUAAUGCUGGGAGAGUUUAUAUGGUAGAUUUUGGAAAACUCGCGGCCCUGGAGUUCCUGUCUAUCAGGGGAGUCCAAUGGUGUUGGAAUGCAAUAAGUAAAAUGCUUCAUUUGGCAAGCGAGGUGAAGCAUCUGUACAUGAAGGUUGAAUUUACCGGGGACUUUGAUAACCUGCAACCCUUUCCGGAGAUUGACUUCGUUGAUUUUUUUAGUAGCCAUCCUAAGCUGCAAAAAUUCGAUAUCCAUGGAGCAAUGUUUGCUGCUCUCUGUCAAAAGAACAGCUUGAAAAAUGUGCAGUCUGGCUUUGUGAUUCCUUGUCUGGAGGAGGUGGUGGUAACAGUCAGAUCACCGUUGAAUGCCGGGCAGAAGAUAUGCACCCUUGGGAGAGCUCUGAUGAAUGUCUACCAACUAGAACUAGGCAUUAGGCAUGCUCGCAUAGAACAGCUGAGUUGUUAG